GUUAAGACCGAACAGUCUUAUCAUAUAUCCCAUGGCUGUCUCUUUGAGAGGAUGAGGCCGCCUCUCUCCACCCAUCCCUCCUCUCCCCCCUUCCGUCUUCAACACCCUCUCUUCUUGCUCCCUCCUCCCACCCUCUUCCCCAAAUUCUCCAUCCCUGCCCGCUCCUAUGAGGCCUGCUCUCACUUCUCGCCCCCGUCCCCGCACCCAAGAACAAGUCUUGGUUGGAGCCCUCCGAAGAGGAGGCGGGAGGCGAGAAGGCGCACCACCUAUUCGACGGUGAGAUCGAGCCGGAGGGAGUCGCCUUACGAGGUAUUGGGCGUGUCCCCAUCCGCAACCCCUGGCGAGAUCAAGAGGGCUUACCGGAAGCUCGCCCUCAAAUAUCAUCCCGAUGUUAACAAAGAGGCAAAUGCUCAAGAGAAAUUCAUGCGAAUUAAGCAUGCAUACAAUACCUUAUUGAAUUCAGAAUCAAAGUUCAAGUAUGGCAGUUACAGUUCAGAUUAUUCGAGAACAGCUGAAAGGAACAGCAGUACCCCAGAAGAAGAAUUUUAUGGCUUUGGCAAUUUUUUGAGAGAUGUUCAAAUAUCAAUAGCGGAUUUCUUUCGUGAUCUACAAGCAGAAUUUCAAAACUGGGAAGCAGGCAUAAAUUCAGAAGAGAAACCCAAGAGUCUGUGGGAGGAACUGGCAGACAUUGGUGAGGAGUUUGUCGAGUUCUUAGAGAAGGAGCUCAACAUCAACGAUUCAAAUUCUGAAGAAGAGAGUGGUGGUGAUGACUCGCCGAAGGAAAACUCGUAUACAAAGCCUAGGGAAGAUAAAAGGAAAGAUGGAAGCCAAAAUGCAGGCAGUAUCGAGAACAGCAUCGAUGAAAUUGAAGCUGCUCUUGCUCAAUUGAAAAAGGAGUUGGGACUCUAGUGGCAUUCUCUGGAGUCACCUUUGAAGCAUCUUCGUGGUAAAGAAGGAAUUCCAAGGGAAAGACUUCCUCACCCAUGAUGAGUUUAGAGAUAUUGCUCGGAACAAAGCUGAUGCCCAAUCUUUUGCUCAAAUGUCCACUUCCGGAUGCCUUAUGAUUUUGCCAAAGCAUAACAAAUAAUAGUGCAUCUGCAUUUCUUAUAUUGACAAUAUUCAUGUAAAUUCUUUUACAAAUUGUACCAUCCACUUCCACUUCCACUUCCAAGUUUUCGUUGACAUGACUCAUGUACCCGAGAAUCCCAGUCCGCCUAAAGUUGUAACAAAAAGUUAUUAUUAUCAAAAUCAUUUCUUUCAAAAAAAAUAUUGGUAUCA